AUGAGUUUGCCUUUAAAGCUACUCAACUUAGAUACUAAGACAACUAUAGUCGAUGCUAAACAAAAGAGGUUUGAAUUAAAUGUUGAAAGUUCAUUGGCAUAUUUUGAUUCUGUAGAUGAAUGGGCAGACUAUAUUUCAAAUUUAGGUAAGUUAUUGAAAGCUCUACAAAGUUGGAAACCACAGUUUCAAAAUGUUAAAUAUUAUGUCCCAACACCAUAUCAAGUUAGUAGAAGGUUAGCCUCAUCUCUAUCUCCAACUCUACCAGCUGGUGUACAUCAGAAGACUUUAGAUGUCUAUAACUUUAUCUUUGAGAAAAUUGGUAUCGAAGUUUUGUCUGCAGAAUGUAAUAUUUGGAUUCCUGGUAUUUUACCUUUGAUGGCUUAUGCCUCAAUAUCAGUUAAAGCUCAAUUAAUUGAACUAUAUGAAAAUUAUUUGGUUCAAUUAGAUUCAAACGUGUUGAAAGUACUUAUAAGACCAAUGAUUGCCAGUUUGCUACCUGGUAUUGAUGAAGAAAAUAAUGAACACCAACCAAUGGUUUUUAAAUUAAUCGAAACUAUAAAGGAAAGGUUAAAUGACGACUCUUUGUUUUGGCAAACAUGUUUUAUGAUAAUUAUUAGUGACAAAGAACAUAGAUUGGGUGGUGUGGUGUGGUUAACUAGAAAGUUCCCAUCGCUGAAUGCUGUUCCUCAUUUAAUGUCAAACCAAAAUAAGAAUGAUGUUGAACAAAAUGUAUUACUUGAAAGUUUAUCUGAUUCAGAUUUGAAAAAAAGAGCGAUUGAUUUGUUAUUGCCAGGUACUGAAAACUUAUUAUACCCAGAACCUGGGUUACUCGUAAGAGCCUUAGUCAGCUCUCUUGACGAGGACAACGACUUGCUAGUUAAACGAGGUGGUUUAGAUCUUUUACUACAAAGAUUACACCUUGAUUCCCCAGUAAUACAAGCAGUCAUUGACCGUUCAGAUAGAGCAUCCUUAAUAUUAGCCUGUUGUAAGGUUACCAUGAACAAAGAUAUGUCAUUAAAUAGAAGAGUUUGGAACUGGUUUUUGGGGGCCUCAAAUAAACAGCAAGGAACUGAAAUUAAAUCAAGAAAAUCUGAAAGUGAAGAUAACAUGACGAAUCAAUAUUUCCUCAAAUACGGUUCUGAUUUAAUUGUAGAAUCGUUGUUGUCACUCAUUGAUUCUGAAGAUACGGCUGCUACAUGUUUUAAUAUCUGUAUAUCUAUCUUAGAUAGAUGGGAAAUUGGUACGUAUGUAACACCAAAAAUAUUUUUAAAAUUAAUGAAAUGUGCCAAACUAUACAGAGAAAACAAUAAAGUUAUAGCAUCUGCUCGCUCAUAUUUUAAUGCAAUUGAUACCAAUAUUAUUUGGGGUGAGUUAUUCCUUCACUUCAUUGAUAACAAAGAUUUCGAAUUCCUAGAGUUCAUAUUGACAACAUUCAGUAUAUCAGAAGAUGAAGAAAUGAUUGUUCGUCAUAUGCCACUUCUUUUGCUAAGUAUGCUGGCAUUACCUUCACAAGAAUGGGAAUCCCAAGGCAACGAAAAGGACACAUCAUACAUAUAUAACAUAUCGAAUUUGAUUAUCAGUUACAUUCCUGAACGUGCAUUUUUACCUCUUAUUGAGUCUAAGAUAAAAGUAAAAGAUAGUCAAAUUAAUAGAAAGAAAAUAAUAGAACAAAUUUCUGCUUAUUAUGACGACAUUAGAAUUUCAUAUUCCAGUCAGAGUGGAGACCAAAUAGGCGAUCUUUCAAAAUAUAUUGAAGUUCAAGAUUUAUCGUUAUAUAUUAUUUCAUUAUCAUAUGAAAUACUAUUACAGUCUUUCAAAAAUGAUGUGUAUGUGCUGGAAGCAACUACUUGCUUCUUAUCGAUUUAUGAAAAGGUUCCAGAUUAUAAUGAUGAUAAAUUGAAACAAAACGACUAUAAUUGGCAUGAGGAUUUGGUAGAUACCUUAGUCAAGGCAUUAGAAAAUGAUAAGAUCUUAAAGGAAUCUGUUUUUUCUGCAACAACAGUAUUUACCAAAUUCCUUUAUAACAAAAUCAACCUUCUGAAUUCCAUAGAGUUAAUUAAGAUUAUUGUUAUUCGUCUUUGGGAUUGUAUUUUGAAACCUCCUAAACAACUAAAGGCAAUAAAAUGCUUGGAAACAUUAGAUAUGUACGUACCUUCUGGAUAUAUUGAAGAGCAACUUACACGUUCUUUUAUGGCAGAAACUGAUAUUUCAAAAAAACUCCUAGUCGUGGAUUUGUUAUGGAAACACUUGAAUAAGGAUAAUGUCCUCAUUACAAGAAUUUUAGAAUUAUUAGUCGACGAAUUAUUUGAAGAUGAGAAUCCUCGGUAUUUGUUUGUCGCCAAUUGGGUAUUAUCUCUGAAUCGAUCCGGAGGCAUUAGCAGAUUAUUUGAAUUUUUAAUUGGCCAUUUGAUCCAAUUUAAAUUUCUGUCUAGAGAUCAUAUCACAGAAAUUGAUGACCUAGAUUGUUUUACCUAUAGAAUUCAGUCAUUAACAAACGUUCUGAAAUCAAAUGAUCAAAAACUCAUCCAAAAUUUUUCAACAUGCACUACAGUUCUUACAAUUAACGACACUGACGGUGGUGAAAAUUUGGAUACAUACAAGAACUCUGCGAUAAGAAUUAUAUUGAAGUUUUUGGAAUUGAAUAACAACAUUCAUGUAGCAAGUGUUAGAAGUUGUUUGUCGUUGUUAAAUCUUUUAUUAGAUGGAACUGAAGAUAGUUUUAAAAAUAUUGUCAUUACAAUGUUAGAAAUGUCUUCAACUUAUAUAUCCCAAGGAGGAGUUGAAGCUGAAUCAAUUGCAGUCUCAUUGGUUAAUAUUGUCUUUAAGGUUUUAAAAUUCUCUCAUAGUAAUAACAUCAAGUUAGAAAUAUUUGAUGAUAAUACUACUCAUUUGAAGUAUUUGGAUUACCUGGUGACAAGUGUUUCAAAUAUGGAAAGACCUUUAAUUAUUGGAUCUUACAUCCAAUUAUUAUUGGGAAGUAUCCCAUACUUUGAGAAAUCGAUAUUUAGAGUUGUCGUUCCAUUGAGUGCUUCAAUCGUUCAAUGUAUAGACAAAUUAUUUUCAGAAGAAGAGGACAAGGAUUAUUUCCUGCAAUCGAUUGUUCUUUUAUUAGAUGGUUUGAAGAUGCUAUUAACAGAGACUUACUAUCGUUUAACUCCCUUAGAACAAGAUAAUUAUUUCGCUGCUGCAACAGCUGGCACAGAUUUUUUACAGUCAAUGGUAUCUAAUGUAUUUUCAAAUGACAACAAUUCUGUUGCUAAAAUUCAGGGUGAAAGAAAUGUUACAAUUCAGUCAUUCAAAGAAUCAGUUCACUGUUGCAUAGGUUUAUGGGUAUGGAUUCAUGAAACUUCUGAGGUGUAUAAAAACAAUGAAGAUAGCGACCUACCUGUUAUAAAUUCCCACACAUUAAGAGAUUCUGUUUUGAAGUUGGUAAAUUCUCUAUUUCAACUUGAGCCUUUAGAAAUUAUAGAUUGUAUUAUUAUUAAUAGAAAUGAUUCAAUCGCAAGAUCUUUAGUUUCAUCUUUAGAAGAGCACCAAUCAGGGAUGGUAAUUUCAAGCUUAUUAUAUUGCAUAUCUAAUAGAUGUUCAAGAGGUUCUUCGCUUCAAUUAUCCAUUAAUAAGGACUUGAUACGCUUGCAAAAGCCACACAGAUCUGAUGAAAAACACUCCUCAGGGAAAGCUUUAGCUAAAAAUUUGAUCGAUUUCUUAAUUGAUUAUAUAGCUGAUUUCCACGAUUUAGUGAUUGAAGAUGCUUACUUAGAUUUCAUUACUUUUGCCAAGGAUACUGUUUCUAAUACCAGUAGCUAUACAACAGUCUGGUAUUCGAUUCUGAGAUUAUUUGCUGUUGUAGCUACUAGAUUGUCGAAGUCUGAGUACGGAGACCAGCAAAACAUUAAAAGAGAAAUAUCUGAAAUUUUUAUUAGAUAUUUAUCAAACUCAAUCUAUGAGAUAUCUAAUGAAGAAAAGGACAUUAAACCUGCUUAUGCGGCACUAAACUAUGUGGUUGAACAAUUGCAGUUAAUAGUUAAUGAAGAUAAAGCUGGAGAUAAGUAUAACAAUGCAUUAAAUAUAAUCAUUUCGGCUGCAUUACAGAAAUAUUUUAAAACAAACUCUAGUACAGAUAUUCCUGAUUGUGUAUUAGAUUUGGCAUUAACAAUAUCUAAGCGUGGUUCAUCAAAUAAGGUAUGGAAAUCAUUGAUAAAUGAUAUGUUCAACAAUGAUAAACAAUUUCUGACAAUCAAUAAUAAUGAGAAAAUAAAUGAAAUCAUCUCAAUAUGGUCAAGAUACCCUGACUAUAAUACGAGGUUAAUAUCGGACUUGCUUCUUUCAGUGAACGCUAAAGGUAUAGCAUUAGCACCAGCACUUAUCUCAUUCAACUCAUGGAAUGUCUCUGAAGUAGAUAUGAAAUGUUUAAGCAUCCUACGAAUUUCAUAUUUGUUGAUGGUAUCUGAAAAAGACACGCAUCUUUUGAGUUUCCAGCCAUUGAUUUCAUUUGUAUGUCAAUUUUUAACUUCAAAAGAAUCGAAAUUAAGAAGUGUGUGUUGGAUUUUAUUGAGGGUAUUAUUAGUGAAAAUAUCUUCAAAUCAUUUUAACGAUUAUUGGCAGACUUUGUCUUUUUAUUUACAAAGUAAUUUACAAGAAUUCUACGAAAACAUUCAAGUUCAGGCAGAUAUUAAUUCUAAUGAAAUUUUACAAAUUUGUAAAACUUUAGAUUUACUUUUAACAUUAAAUUUUGAAGGUUUCCGUGCCACUAAUGAAUGGAUAUUUAUAAUUGAUACUAUAAAUUGUAUUUCUAAGAAGUACCCAUACAUCGCUUUGGUUGAUAAGAUCUCAGAGUCAGAUAUGUUUAAGACAAUUACUGAAGAUAGUUUCCAACUACCAAAACAGUCCAGAUCAUUGGUUCCAGUCCUAAGUGGGAUUAACAAAUGUGAUAAUUAUACACAAUUGAGCAAUUUUUUUAGGCAAUUAAGCUACCUGCAUUACGAAUCUGUAUAUUCAUUCAAAAACAUUGAUAUACAAGUUGCAGAGAAAGACUUAUUAAAAGAUAUAUUUAUAGAAUGA